CACUUCCUGGUUUUAGCCGGGCGGGUAGUAGAAGAUCAGAGUGUGUUAACGAAAGUGCCUGUGUAGCGGUGUGACCCUCGGCUGUGUCUGCGUGGGUUGUCAACGUCCAACUCCCGCGGAGUGUGAUUAAACUCCGCAAGAGACUAAAGAAGAGGAGAGGGGAGGAGGAGGGGAAAGAAUCUGAACUUGGUGAGGAAGGCACGCGAAGAGGAAGAAGAGAGGGAGGAGCAAGACAGAGAGGUGAAAAGCUGAAGAGCAAACAAAGAGGAGAGUGAGCGCUGACUGGUAGUGACAGGAACACUGGACUGCUACUGCACUGAUACUGACAGUGCUGCCGCUGACAGCACUACUACUAAGUGGCGACGUAGUGAGGAAUGCUGGGAGGGAUUAUCCCUCCCUCAGGACCCAACACUAAUCCCUCUCUCUACACACACACACACACACACACACACACACACACACACACACACACACACACACACACACACACACACACACACACGCACGCGCCUUGUGUAUCUUGUAAAAGACCUUUGGCAUGUGGAUUAUUGACAUUGCCGCCUCUGCAGGGUAGCCAUGUUUGAAGUCCUAGAGCAGUUUAAGUGUAGUAAUAAUUCAUUGUAGUUGUAUGACUGAGUUUAAUACUUUUAAAAAUGGCCGCUUGAAUUUAGUACCUUCAUUAUACCACUUUGUUUUAACCUAAUUGUUGUAUAUGGUGGAUGGUAACAUUUAUACCUUCAUUUCUUUAACCUUAAUACUAAAGUUUGCAGUGCUGUUGUUAAUGUACCAUUUAUUUUAGCGGUCUCAUGACACUUUAAGUAUAGUACACAUAGUAGUUGGAGUAAAGUGUGGCCCCUUGCCUGUACUAGAGCACAGUGUACACACUUCACAUUUAUUGCUAUUGGUCGAUUUCCCCGCCACGAGGAACCUUACGACUUAUUUGCAAGUCAGUGACUGUAGCGAAGCAGCUGGGGUCAGGGAGCCCCCGUCCACUAUCUGAUCAGAGAGGCCGAGAGCGCGGGGAGGUCUGCACAUUUGAAGGCCGAUUCCACUUGCGGCUCAUGGGUUUCACGGAGCACCCUGAGGACCUUCGGUCAGGAGGAUUGUAGCUUCUCGUCUAUAUGGAAUUCCGCCACCCCACCAAGAAUUCCUUGGGGAAUAUUUGGAAUACUUAAAGAAACGUUUGGAGUUCUCCUCUGGGAUUGUUUGGACUACACAGGGGAUAAUCAAACGUAAUUCACACAAGGACUCCUUUUUUCUAAGAAUAUUGAAACAUUUUGCAAAGACUACCCAGAAUUCCAGGAGCUGUAGCUUAUCCCACCAAAAUGUGACAGCGCAUGAGAACGCAGUGACUGAACAUAUUGUCUGUCAUGGAUCCGGACCUGGGAGCAGACGCUGAUGGGGCAGGACUGACGACCUGUCGUGGGGCAAUUGAAGAAAAGAGGUUAGAGCUGGAAAGAGAAGGGGCACUAAGAGUAAAAGGAGACGAUGGCGAAUUCAGCUCGGAGUCCUCCUCCUCUAAUGGCUCACUGCCCUCCUCCUCGUCGCGCUCGGCCUGUGUGGAGGAGGAGAAGGAGAUGCUGACCGGCUGCUCCAGGUCUUUCACCGGACUCAAGCUCUUCACCAGGAGGAAAGCGAUAGCGAAGUCCGGCCUGCACCAUCUGCCCUGUCAACCCAGUACAUCAUCUCUGAACAGGACCGACCCAGAAGCAAAUAUCCGCAGUACUGUGGACUGGACUGAAUCCGCUCUGUAUGGAGAUCACAUUUGGUUUGAGACAAAUGCGUCUGGAGAUUACUGUUAUGUGGGAGAACAACUCUGUAUUGCCAGAGCACUGCAAAAGUCUGUCAGUCGAAGGAAGUGUGCUGCCUGUAAGAUCGUCGCCCACACCAUCUGUAUAGAACAACUGGAGAAGUUUCCCAGCUCUAGAGCCAUUCUGUUGGAGGCCACCUUUCCUCUCAAUGACCCCUGCUUCAGAAUUAAUUUCAGGUGUAAACCGUCUUUCAGAGAAUCCGGCUCAAGGAACAUUCGCGAGCCCAUUGUGGUGCAUCAUCACUGGGUGCAUCGGAGACGGCAGGAAGGCAAAUGUAAACAAUGUGGAAAGGGCUUCCAGCAAAAGUUUGCUUUCCACAGUAAAGAGAUUGUUGCCAUCAGCUGCUCCUGGUGCAAACAGGCAUACCACAACAAGGUUUCCUGCUUCAUGCUGCAGCAAAUUGAGGAGGCUUGUCCAAUAGGAGCUCACGCUGCCCUCAUAGUUCCACCCACAUGGAUCAUUCGGGUCCGACGCCAUCAGUCAUCCAUGAAGUCGAGUAAGAAGAAGAGAACAUCAUUCAAGAGGAAGAGCAGCAAGAAAGGAGCAGAGGAGGGACGACAGUGGAAGCCGUUUAUAAUCCGACCCAUCCCCUGCCCAUUGAUGAAACCGCUGCUGGUGUUUGUCAACCCCAAGAGCGGAGGAAACCAGGGCACUAAGAUCCUGCAGUCCUUCAUGUGGUAUCUGAACCCCAGACAGGUGUUUGACCUGAGCCAAGGAGGACCAAAGGAGGGCCUGGAGCUGUAUCGUAAAGUCCACAACCUGAGGAUCCUGGCCUGCGGAGGAGACGGCACUGUGGGCUGGAUCCUGUCUAGUCUCGAUGAACAGGCAUUGAACCCUCAACCUCCUGUUGCUGUGUUACCACUUGGGACAGGAAAUGACCUCGCCAGGACCCUCAACUGGGGAGGGGGCUAUACAGAUGAACCUCUGUCCAAGAUCCUGUCCCAUGUGGAGGAUGGAACCGUUGUCCAGCUAGACAGAUGGAAUCUAAAGGUUGAACCCAACCACAGCGCAGGGGCUGAACUGGAUGAACAACAAACCGAUAAGCUUCCUCUAGAUGUCUUCAACAAUUACUUCAGUCUCGGAUUUGACGCCCGUGUGACUCUAGAGUUCCAUGAAUCAAGAGAGGCCAACCCAGAGAAGUUUAACAGUCGUUUUCGGAAUAAGAUGUUCUACGCUGGGACAGCAUUCUCAGAUUUCUUGAUGGGAAGCUCCAAAGACCUGUCUAAGCACAUCAAAGUGGUGUGUGACGGGACUGAUUUAACAUCAAAGGUUCAGGACUUGAAGCUGCAGUGUCUGGUCUUCCUCAACAUCCCCAGGUACUGUGCAGGCACAACGCCUUGGGGAAACCCCAGCGAACAUCACGACUAUGAACCUCAACGCCACGAUGACGGAUACAUCGAGGUCAUCGGAUUCACUAUGACUUCACUGGCUACUCUCCAGGUCGGAGGUCAUGGUGAAAGGUUGAACCAGUGCAGAGAAGUCACCCUCACAACCACAAAACCUCUCCCAGUACAGGUGGAUGGUGAACCGUGCAGACUUGCUCCGUCUGUCAUCCACAUCAGCCUCAAAAACCAGGCCAACAUGGUGCAGAAAACCAAACGACGGACCUCGCUACCACACCUCAAUGAUCAGCAGCCUGUCCCGGAGAGGCUGAGGAUCAGAGUCAGCAGGAUCAGCAUGAGUGACUAUGAGGCUCUGCACUACGACAAGGACAAACUGCGACAAGCAUCGAUUCCUCUGGGACUGAUUGUGGUUCCUGGUGACAGUGACUUAGAAACCUGCAGAGAACACAUCCAGCGUUUGCAGGAGGAUUUCUGCUCUGUCCAUCGCUCCUUUAGAUGCUUGGAACGACAGGAGGACGCAGCCAAGCCAAAGAUUCUUUCCUCGCAGAGAUUAUCUCCAAAGUGGUGUUUCCUUGACUCUACGACGGCAGACCGUUUCUACAGGAUAGACAGAGCACAGGAGCAUCUCAACUACGUUUCAGAAAUCUCCCAGGAAGAGAUCUUCAUCCUUGACCCGGAACUGAUAGUUACGGCGACAGUGGGCACCUCUCCCUCAGCCAUUCUGGACCUGGUUAACCCUGCCUCCAGCCUGGUAAACAGCAGUUCUUCCCAGAGGCAGCGAGUGAACAGUGACAGCUCUGCAGCUGAUGCUUUGACAUACAACACAACACCUGUGGCCAGCAAACUCAGCAGGGCGGGUUGCAUCCAUCGCUCCAACACCACUGCUGCUGAUUUUAAACCAAGACUAAGACAGGAAAAGAGCCAAAAGACGAGUGAAACAGAAAGGGAGAGAGAAAGAGAGAUGUUGAUCGAAUGCGUAAAGAAUAAGGACGUGAAGAAGCUGCAGGAGCUGCAUCUCAAGGGGGCCGACCUCACGGCGUUGGACCAAUCAGACUGCAGUUUGUUGCAUCAUGCUGUCAGUACAGGAAGCAAAGAGAUGGUCCGCUACAUUCUUGACAAUGCUCCAAAUGACCUGCUUGAUGUCACAGAAAAACUGAAUGGGGAGACGGUCCUUCAUCGAGCUGCAUCUCUGUGUCACAGGACCAUCUGUCAUUAUCUGGUAGAAGCAGGAGCCUCACUGAUGAAAACGGACCUACAGGGUGACACACCUAAGAACCGAGCAGAGAAGGCUCAUGAUGCUGAACUGGCAGCCUAUCUGGAGAACAGACAGCAUUACCAGAUGAUACAGAGAGAAGACCAGGAAACGGCUGUUUGAAACAGUUGAGCUCUUUAUGAACAGGACAUAGAUGAAGAAACUGCUGUCCUCUUCCUCAUCACGAUGAGACCGCACAAGGUCAUUGAUGCCCGUGUGACGGCAGGAUUGGUACACGGACUCCAGUUGACUGCCGACGUGUGUCAUUCCCUCUAAAGCACAGGAUGCAGGCUGAGAGUGAAGCUGGGCCAAAUCUGAUUUGAACAUGCAUUUAAUGAUGAUUAAGGAAGUGAUUCGAAUGAUGGAAACGAGGCUAUAAUGACAGUUACAUUGAGGGUUGAAGAUUAUGUCAAUGAGGGUGAAGCUUAUGAGAUGUUCAUUGAGUCAUCCCUCUUCAUUUUGAGCAGCUCAGUAAUAAAAAGUGAAUGAAGUCAAGAAAACAGAAACGGCUUUCUGACUUUGAAUAGUAAUUUGGGGAGUCAACUUGGACGCCUCGUUCUUCAAAACUCCUCCAUCUCAAAUAAAUUCAAAGGACUCCAUUCUCAAGCAAAAAAUUGAUCAUCUGCCAUAAAUUAAUGAUACCGCAAUGUUUUGUGGGGUUGAAUUGUCUCAGGAUUAAAGAGAAAAUUUAGCUUGCAGAUUCCAGUGUUAAUGUCUUAGUGGAGCCUUACAAGCCUUACGAGGCUAACAAGCCUUACCAAAAUAUAUGACGUAAACAUUUUCUUUGGGGUGAGAUUGUGAAAUAAUUUGUGUGCAGUGUUGACAUUUGAAGAUGGUUAGACGAUAGUUCACUGAAUGUCCGACAAGGAAAACCUCUGAGUAGAAGCUUUGGCUCGGUGGUGAAAGGCACUGAUGGAAAUGUCGAAACCCAUUAGGAUUCAUCGUCAGGUGACCAUGAACAUCCAAAGCUCAUUUUAUGAAAAUCAGACCUUUACCUUUUGAAAUACCUUGUAAUGGAACAAAGUGCUGAAGUUUUGACAUGAUGUUGUUCAUUUCAGGGGAUCCUGAAAUCACAAGGAUUCCUGAAAAUCAGUAUCAAGGUUUCAGGGCAAUCUAGUAGUUGUCAAGAAAUCUUGUUUGGAUCCAAGAGUUGGACAGACCAACCAAGCUAACGACAGCUACCAGCCAUGAGCCCUGAAUCUCGACACCCCAUGUUUAUUAAUUGGAAUGAAGCUUUGUGCUUAUUUCACUGAGCAUAAAUCCCAUCAUCAGUUAUGUUGUGAACCUGCUGUACUUCUUACCUCACCCAAACAUUAUCAAUGUACUGUACAUACUUUUUUGUUGUGACUUUGUUUUUUGACUAUCAAUAUAUUCUAGAGAUAAUUAUUAUUUAUACAUUGGGGGUAUUGUUAGCGUACAGCAAUAUGAAAUUAGAUCAAAUGGAUGUGCAUGUACUAUACAUUAAAAAAGGAUCAUAUUUGAUUCAGAUAAUUUAGUUAAACUCAAGUUAAAUCUAUUAAAAUCUAUAUAUUUUGGUGCCAAACUUUAAAGCGUCGAACCCUUUAAAGAUACAGUAAAUACAAAUCAUUAUAGCAUUAAAUAGCAACAACCCAAAUCCACCUGCUCAGGUAACUCAGUCUGUAGAGAAAUGAUGAGAAAUGUGGAUGAGCCUUGGAGAACUCAAAGACACACCUGGAUCUACACAAUGUGCUGCAAACAAGCAACUCAACAGAGACUUCUCCGUCCUUCGAUCGUAAAUUACAGCAGGCAGCAAGAGAUUAAAAAAAAGGGGAAACAUGAGAUGCAACUACUGAGUAGUAAAAAUGCAAAAAACCUGAUGAGUCACUAUUAGAAACCUGGAUCCUGUUGGAGUCAUGUCGACAGGGCGAUGAAGAACCAGGUUUUCUCAUCAUAUAUAUAUAUGAAUACGUAUAUGAAGUCGUAUUCAUAUAUAUAUGAAUACGACCAAAACCAGGAUAACAUUCAAAACUGGGAUACUAAUGCCCAUGUAAACACAGUCACCUAGGCUUUGCAAGCAAAACAGAAUACCAUUCAUCACUUAGUACAUGACAAUGGUUUUUUUCAUUUUGUGUGGGUAUUCGAAGACAAAGCCAACAACGCCAGUAUGUCUGCGUGUGAUUUUGUAAAGUGAAGUCUGCUGCAGCUUCGCCUCGGUCUUUAAUUCUGGAAGACUUUUGCUGUCCUUCUGCUUUUAACCGCAGUCACGCAUUCUCUGGCAACGAUAACGAUAUUUUCUUUACACGGUCACAGAUACAGUUUUCCGAAAUGUCUCUCAUUUACACUGCCACGUAACUGGCAGCCAGUUUUUGAGGACAGGACUGAUUUACUCACAAGAGGUCAGAGCUGGCCAGAACCACCAGCUGGGCAUUGGGACCUCUGCUCCGGCUUCGGAGUCAACUCCUGGAUUUCUGAGAUGCAACAUGUAGAUCUGCACGCCCUGCUCUGGUGAAAAGGGGAUACGGUGCAGCAAGUGAACUCACCUCCAAACCAUUUUUAAUCAUGGUUAAAGGAAAGGUUUCUGUGCACCGAGAGUUUUGGGGGUUUGAUGAUUUCUGUCUAAGCUUUGUACAGUAUACUAUUUGAAUAUACUCUGACUUUUAUUCAACACAGCGGCUGCCAAAUAUUUGCGAACCAAAAAGUCUUUUUCCUGCUUAGUUUUGCCUGUGAAUUUUAGCAUUUGAACUGUGUUGGUGUCUUCAGAUUAGCUUUGCAUUGACAGUAAACUCUUGUAUGUUCUGAAUUGCGGUGAUGUAUAGCAGGUUAGGUCUUGUUUUCCUUUUUUCAAAUUUACAUCUGUGGCCAAUCUGAUCUUUAUUCUCUCAUGUUUAUGACAUUGUUUUUGGUAAACACA